GGCAAUAAAUACCACGAAUAAUAGGACGUUUGGCAACCUGCACGUUUCAGGAACUCUGUCCAGCACAAUGUGCGAAUUUCCUAACCAAUUAACCUGAGUCAGAGGUGCUGAUAGAUGCACAUUAUGCACAUGAGCAGGUGCGGAAUCGCCCAAAUCAGAGAAAUGAUAUCACACCGCAGUGACGUUGGGAUAAGAUCUAGGCCAGAGCGUGGGCUAUAUAAACAACUAGGUUAUGCAAGUUACCACAAGCAGCGCGAAGCUGAAAAGGGACGGUGGAGAUUGUUGUUCAUUUGAUCUGAUCUGUAAGAGUGCUCACGAGUGAUCCGAGUUUUGAGCAAGAUGAAUUGCGCUGUACUUGCUGUGCUGGUGGUGUUGUGCUGCUGCUGCGCUCUGAGCGUGGAUGCCCGACCUGCGCGUUUACGCUCGCGCCCUUUGGACAACCCUGACACCUGGAACAACGUCAUGGUCAUGGCCAAGCACGCGCAAGCGCAAGACCGAGACCAUGAGACUCGCCUGAUCCCGGUGAUUUCGAGCGACAAAUUAAAAGACGGGGAUGUUUGCUGCGCCAACGUCAAGAUCCUCGAUUACUACCUCAGGCACAUUUUGGACGGUAAGGCGCAUGAAGGUCGGGAGGACAACUAUCCGCGCAUACAUCUGGUGAAGCCUGAUUUGAACAGAGUGGCUAGAGACCUGGAACCACACUGUAACGCCAAGCAGAUUGACUUGGAGCACUUGCAAACUUUCAAGCAGAACCUCAACAGAGCCGGAGAGAUGUACAAGAAUAACACCAAAGCGCAGAACAAGGCAAUUGGGGAGACUGAUAUUCUCUUCCAUUACCUGUACGAGUCCUGCAGUGCCACCAGCACAUCCUAGAACUGUGCAAGAGCCACUGCAAUGUGUUGUCAGGAAAAAGGGGUAUUAAACUGUAUGUACCUUUUCUUGUUGCUGAAGUAAUACACGUAAGGGUGGUGUGUAUUUUUCACCUAGAAAUGUGCCUUUACUCUAAAAGGUUAAUUAUAGUCAAAUUAUGUACCUUAAAACUUUUUUAUAUUAUUUAAAAAGCUAUGCUAUAUUCACAGGUGAAAGGUACAAAAUGUAAAGGUACAAACGAUUUAUCCUUACGGGUACCACUGCAUCGGCAAGGAAAGAAAAGGUUUAGUACUAUUCUUUUUUAUGAGUGUGCCAAUGACUGAUGGAAAUACGCCUAUUUUUAUUUUAUUUUUAUUUUUUUUUACCAUGAAAAGUGUUUUUGAAAUAUUUCAUAUUAAGAACAUUAUUUAUUAUUAUGUUUUAUUUAUUAGCUUUAUUUAUUCAGCAUUAUGUGAUGACGAUAAAUUAUUGAAUUUUUUAUUGAUAGUAUAGGCUUCACAUAGUGUGUCAACUGGGUCUUUGUGACUUAAAGCCACACAAGUGGACACCAGCAUAACUGACUUGGAAUGUACCUCCAAUGCCAGAGUAAAAUAAUGUAAAUGCAUCGUAAAAGCAUUCCUACUAUGUACUUUUUGGUUUUUUUUUACUUUUCACAAUUAGAAAAAAAAUGAAAUUAUUUAACAAAGAGUUAUAAAUUGUUGGUAUGCCUGUUUUCUACAUAAUCAUUUGCAUAUUCACAAUAAAAGCUUUAAAAACUA